CAUGUGAUACUGGAUUGAUUUUUAAUUUUUUUUUUUUUUUUUUAAACACAACUGAACAGGGUUUUUUUCCUCCUCUCUUCUCUUUCACCUUUUUCUGCACACACACCGUGGAGAUGCUGCAAACAGUCUGCAUGAGUCCUGAGCUGCUGGUCAACCAAAACAUGAGUGAAAGUGAAAUCUGUGGCUACAGCCCAGGCCAGGGAUCUCCACUGCCUGGAGAAACUGCCAGUCCCAAGAGCUGCUUCCAGCAGAGCCCAUCUCUGCCAGACUCUGGAUUAACUGAGCUGAACGUUGCGAGUCCCAAGAUCUACCACCCUCCUCCUCCAUGCAACCCUCCAGGGAUGCCUGCUCCUGCUGACUCUGAACUUAGCUCUGAUCCCCCUCAGAAGCGCUACAUGGGUGUGAGAGUGAAGAUGCCAGUGCGGGAAUUGCUGAGGAAAAUCCGACUUUCCAAAGGCUUGGACCCAGCUCCUGGCAAGGAAUCCUCUUCAGUGAAGAUGGUAGCCAAAGGAUCCUCAGGAAAAACAGCAGAGAAGAGGAGAUCUCACCCUUAUACAGAGAAACAGCUUAGACAGAGCAAGCAGAGCGCUGGGCAAACCCCCAAAGGCUUGGAGGACCUCGACAUCCUGGUGGAGGUGCUGCAGGAGGAUCUGAACGAGAGCCAGCUCAGGGAGGAGCCUCGGCAUCCCGUGCCAGACGGGUUCUGGCAGGGAUUCUCCGCGGAGCCGCGAAGCUGCCGGUGGGAAAGCGCGGGGAGCAAGGAGGCAGCUGGGGGCCUGCAGGGGAGGCAGCACGGCCCAGCAGAGCUUCACCCCGAGCCCUGCCUGAGAGAUUUCCACCCAGUCCCGCGGGGAGAGCCAGAGCCUGCCUUCCGUGGGCAGCAGGAAAGAGCCCAAAGGUCCGGCUCGCCCGGAAUCUUCUCCAGGACGGGCGAGAAAGGGAGCAGCUGGUGGGUGCAGGAUGCUCGCCCGAGCUCCCGGGAAGGAUUCUCGAGGAAUUCUAACUCUCCAUCCCAGGGAUGUUUCCUGAGGAAUUCUCCACCCCAGGAAGGUUUUCUGAGGAAUUCUCCACCCCAGGAAGGUUUCCCAAGGAACUCUCCAUCCCAGGAAGGUCUCCUGAGGAAUUCUCCAUCCCAGGAAAUUUUUCUGAGGAACUCUCCAUCCCAGGAAGGUCUCCUGAGGAAUUCUCCACCCCAGGAAGGUUUCUCGAGGAAUUCUGCACCCCAGGGAUGUUUCCUGAGGAACUCUCCGUCCCAGGACACGCCUGCACUCCCCAGCCUGGCAGAGAUGUUGCUGGAAGCUCCCAGGGGCUCUCCAGAUGUGGAGGGACAUUUGAGGCUGACCCCAAAUUCCUUCACCAGGCAGGACCUCUCUGCCCUCUCCUUCUUCCAGUUCCAGCUGCGCAGGGAGGAAAAUUCGCUGAGGAACAUCCCAGAGGAGAAACUGCUGGCUCCUGAUGAAAAUGGCAACAGGCUGCUGCACAAGGCUGUUGCCCAGGGAAGGAGGGCUCUGACUUUUGCCCUGGCCCAGAGAUUUGCAUCCCUCAACAAGAUCGACGAGAAGGAUGCAGAGAAAAGGACUGCUUUACAUCUUGCUGCAGAAAAGAACCAGCACCUGAUGGUGAGUGACCUGAUCUCCCUGGGAGCCAACGUCAACGAGCAGGACAGCUCUGGGAAAACUCCCCUCCACCUGUGUGCAGAGAACGGGUAUCUGAGAGUUCUGGAGGUCCUGAAAAGCUGCAAGAACAACGGGGUGCGUGUGGACGUGGAUCUGCCUGACCACUGUGGUUUGACACCCCUGCACUGUGCUGCUCUUGCCCACACUGUGCUGGUGACAGAAUGCCAGAGCACUGCCAGGGACACCGGCACGGGGAGGUUCCUGAGGCUCCGGAAAGCCCAAAUCCUGGAGGGAAUUCUCUGCCUGCUACAGAUGGGAGCAAAGCCCCAGCUGCAGGUUCUGAAUUCAUGUCAAACCUCCACUCCCUGCCCAAAACUCGAGGAGAACACAGAGCUCAUGUGUUUGCUUCAGACUCAUAAACCCCAGGCACAGGAUGUUCCUCGGGAGAGCUGCAGCCUGCUGGAUGCUCCCAGAGGAAUCCCCGCUCCCCCAGCUGCAGAUAUCCUACCUGAACUUGGCUCCUUGUCAUCCUCAGACCUCCUUGAUGUCCUCCUCAAAGGGAAAUGCUGAGAGCUCUCAUCACCUGCAUCCGAUGGGCCACCUGCUGCAGGAGAGCAACCAGGGGACAG